AGGUUCGCCGAGCAGCUGCUCACGAUCGCCGUCGAAAUCGCGAGUUGUGGUGGAGCCGUCGAUUUCGUGCGGAUCGAAUCGUUCUUCAACCGGCUGCUGGCCUGCACUGGACUCUACUUGGCCGGUGUCCUGCUGAUCGAUUUCCUCUACAACGACCAACAAUUGUGGGCCUUUUGCCGUAGCUCGGCCGUCUACACGCUGACGAGUUUGGUGAAUUUGCUGGGGUUGAUACAGUACUUCUAUCUGAUGUACUUCAUCUUUCUUUUCUACCACGACAUGAACCGGUUGUUGAAGCGGUUCGCAGUGCAAUCGGCACGAUCAGUCGCUCGGCCCACCAAGAGGCAUUCGUUGGCGUACCGGUUGCCGGGCUACGCAGACGUCGACACUUCGUCUGGCACGACACUGUUCGAUUAUGCGGCCCUACUCGACAGCCUCCGCAAGACGCACCUGAAGGCGUACACACUGGUAGAACAAGUGAACGAGUGCUUCGGGUUGUUGAUCGUGCUCACGACGGUGGCUUCCUUCAUAGUGCUUAGUCUGGAGUUCUUUGCGAUCUACCUGGCGACCACGACUCGUCACUGGACGAGCACCGACACUUACCUACUCGUCUACACCGUCCUCUGGAUCGUGCUGCACGGUGCGAAGAUACUGAUGAUUCUUUAUCCGGCCCAUCUCGUGCAGCGGGAACGUGAUCGAACCGGACCAAUACUUUAUCUCUUCAAUCACAACGAAAAGGACAUGCCGCUGAAUAGUGUGCUCGCUAAGUUCUCUACCCAACUACUCCACGAACGUGGCCACCAGACCGCUUGUGGGGUGAUGAAUUUGGAAAUGACGCUCAUCAGCACGAUGGUUGGAGCACUCACCACCUAUCUGGUCAUUUUGAUCCAGUUCGACACAGCCGUCUCUCAAGGCCAAAGUGCACCCAAUAAUGGGUCAGCGGUUGCGUCCGAUGAAAAGCCUGUCGAUGGCCACUAGUACCAACACUUGGAGCUGUUGAACUCGAACGUGUUGUCACUGCGCUAGUGUGUGCUGUUGGCCUGCAUUGAUCUCAUUACCUUUUCAUGCGCACACCCCACCCCCUCCGCACGCCAAUACGACAAGCGCCUCCUCGAGGAGUGUCCCGUGACAGUA